UCAGAUUUGAUGCACAGCCAAACACCAUCGACCAAACAUGACAGUCAACUGAACGCCAUCGUCGUCUUCUCAUUUUCUCUCCAUUUCAUCGCUCCAUUCAAUCUCUCUUUAUAAGGAACUGGAUCGGAAUUUGAUCCUGUCGUCGACGCCCCACGGCGAGAGGGAUGGCGGCAGCGGUCGGAGGAGUUAGUGUUAACGGCGCCGGUUUGAUGAUCGGCGGUGGAGAUGUCUCGAGGGCGCAUGCGGCUAUGGCUUUGGUGCAAUUAAUUAAUGGAGGUUACCAUGUUAUAACCAAAGUUGCCCUCAAUGUUGGGAUGAACCAGCUCGUCUUUUGUUUGUUCCGUGACUUGUUGGCUCUCGCGAUUCUUGCCCCUGUCGCUUAUGUUCGGGAGAAGUAUAGAGGAUUCGUUUGCCCAUGACUCGGGACCUUCUCAUAUCGUUCUUCGUUCUUGGUUUAACUGGGAUUUUUGGUAACCAGCUUCUCUUUCUUGUUGGACUUGGCUACACUAACCCAACUUAUGCUGCUGCCAUACAGCCUGCCAUUCCAGUUUUUACAUUCCUUUUUGCUGUUAUGAUGGGCACAGAGUCUGUUAACUUACUCAAACUGGAAGGACAGGCAAAGGUUGGAGGCACACUUGUUUGUGUCUCUGGUGCGAUAGUGAUGGUUUUAUUCCGAGGUCCAGCUUUGAUUGGAAACACUGAAUCUGAUCUCAUGUCACAUAAUGAGAUAAGUGCAAGGGGCCAGCCAGAGCCUGCUGGAUGGUUAAUGUCUAACUUUCUGGAGUAUGGAUUGGACCAUUUUCAUGUUGGGGUUUUAUGCUUGAUAGGAAACUGUAUGUGCAUGGCUGCUUUCUUGGCUAUCCAGGCACGGGUUUUAAAGAAGUAUCCUGCUAAUUUGUCGGUCACGGCAUAUUCGUAUUUAUUUGGUGUUAUAUUGAUGGUCAUCACAUCUUUCUUUAUGACCAACGAAUCAACAGACUGGAACUUGACACAAUCAGAGUUUUUUGCUGUUCUUUAUGGUGGAGUUUUUGCAUCUGCUAUCAAUUAUGGACUCUUGACAUGGUGCAAUAAAAUAUUGGGACCUGCAUUGGUCGCUCUGUACAAUCCACUUCAACCUGCAGCAUCUGCUCUGCUAUCAAGAGUUUUCAUAGGAAGCCCUAUUUAUCUUGGAAGUAUUUUAGGGGGAUCUCUCAUAAUUGCCGGUCUUUAUUUGGUUACUUGGGCGUCGCAUAGGGAACGACAAACGACUACGGUAUUGCUACCGCAUUCAACCAGGUCCUCUGAGCCACUUAUUCACAAAGAUUCAUUGACUAACAAGUUUGCCUAUCAAAUAGGACACAUUUUCUCAGGGUCUGCUUCAUCGCCCAAGUCUGUAGAUUAGACCGAACUUCUGAUGGGAUUUUUGAUGUAAAGUUCACAUUUCAACUUUUUCAAAAGGGUGGCCUCAACAUAAGUGAGGUUUUGAUUAUAAAAACCUUCAUCUCUUAAAAGUUACCAAUGUUGUAAUUUUCCAAUGGGAUUACAUGAUUCAUUAUUCUGCCUGUUCCUUGUAUUGUUAACAUAUUUUUGCUGAAUAAUAAACUAUCUCAGAGGUCCAAAUAUAAUAGAGCAAUGUUAUUAUAUCAAUUAGAUUCAA